CGCGUACAAUUCCCAAUUUGCACGUCAACCGUUGCUGUGCUUGGCCGGUCAAACAAACACCCAGAAACUGAAAAUAACGCACAAUACGAUCUUCUCUUACCGUCUUGUAUCCCCGGAAUCGUUUGGCGAAUAUCAUUCCCGGGACCGAUUGAACAAGCGAGCGCACCGGCGACGAGAAACUACAGCCUCGGCACGACUUGGUCGCGACAACGUUAAGACCGGACCAGACGGAUCAGAUCGCUCCCGAACCAACAGCUCUCCCCGGAGCACCGACCGACAAUAUGGCAGCUGUCGCGCCCCGGCCGGAAACAACUCACAUCCUCAAUCACGCCCCGACGGCGACGUCGUUCUCCUUCACGCCGUUCCUCCGCCAGACCUACCGCCACGAGCUCUCGUCGGACCGCCCGCAAUGCAAGUCGUUCCUCGCAGGUCACUGCCCCCUCGGCGCCUCCUGCCCCGAUCGCCACGCGUCGUCGACAUCAUCAAACCCGUCGGGCGGGCCCUCGCUCGUCUGUAAGCACUGGCUCCGCGGCCUUUGCAAGAAGGGUGAGUCGUGUGAGUUCCUGCACGAGUAUAACCUGCGCAAGAUGCCCGAGUGCAACUUCUUCAUGCGCAACGGCUACUGCUCCAACGGCGAGGAGUGUCUGUACCUCCACAUCGACCCCCAGUCCAAGCUGCCACCCUGUCCGCACUACGACAAGGGCUUCUGCCCGUUGGGCCCGCGCUGCAGCAAGAAGCACGUCCGGAGGAAGCUGUGUGCGUACUACCUGGUCGGAUUCUGCCCCGAGGGGCCUGGCUGCAAGUACGGCGCGCACCCGCGGUGGAGGACAGACCUGGAGAAGCCGAGCGCCAAGGUCGAGGGCGAAGACGAGCCCAAGAGGGAUGCGGAGAGGGAAGACGGCGAAUCGUUCCAGCAGCAGCGCGAUAGGCAGAGGGACAUGCACGACGACCGCGGACACGGGGACCGGAGGCACGGCGGCCGUGGAGGCAAGUGGCGCGAUCGGGGUAACAGGAGGUUCCGCGGCCGUGGUCACUGAGGCGGGUGAAUGAAGGAAACAGAGAUGCCGAGAGCAUGCAUGUGUUUGCGAGUGUGUCUUCCAAGAAGGUAUGAGCGCUAGGUGCCCAGGAUGACCGGUGGAAGAGCCGGUGGAAGUGAGCAGCUAGAGCGGGCUGAGAACCGUUGCAUGCUAAAUGAUACCAAUAUUUGAU